GUUUCCGCGACGUCAGUUGCUCAUGUCUCUAGCGAAGGGGAAAAUGUCGGUGUGUUGGGGGCUGUUGUGCCACUAGUGACUUUCGCCUCCGUUUCCCGCGUGUUCCCAACAGAUUUUCCAUCCAGGGGCCCCGUACCGUUCCCUGCUGGUCCCGUCCUUGAAAUUCCCGUGGCCGAAAGUGUCCGGUUGGUAUCGCGUGAAGGAAAUCGUCGUGUUUUUGUGCGUGCUGUACGGGGCAGCAGUGUUUUGUGCAAGCUUCGUAAGACACCAGAGGAACGAGAGGUAUGGCGUCCCUGGCGGCAAUUGCGAAGAAUGAAUUCAUCGUGGGCGGCAAAUACAGGCUUAUGAGGAAGAUCGGAUCCGGAUCAUUCGGAGACAUUUACCUAGGCAUCAACAUUUCCAACGGCGAGGAAGUUGCUAUUAAAUUGGAAAAUGUUCGUGCUCGCCACCCACAACUUCUGUAUGAGUCUAAGCUGUACAAAAUAUUGCACGGUGGUAUCGGCAUACCUCAUAUACGUUGGUAUGGUCAAGAGCGUGAAUACAAUGUCCUUGUCAUGGACCUCCUUGGUCCAUCUCUUGAAGAUCUGUUCACCUUCUGUUCUCGGAGGUUCACGAUCAAAACCGUUUUGAUGUUGGCUGAUCAAAUGAUCGGCAGGAUUGAAUUCGUUCACUGCAAACAUUUCAUCCACAGAGAUAUCAAGCCAGAUAACUUUUUAAUGGGCAUUGGUCGCCAUUGCAAUAAGCUCUUCCUCAUCGAUUUUGGUCUCGCUAAGAAAUAUAGGGACAGCCGUACCCGAUCGCACAUAAUCUACCGUGAAGACAAAAACCUUACAGGUACUGCGAGGUACGCAUCCAUCAAUGCACAUCUUGGCAUCGAGCAGAGUCGCCGUGACGAUAUGGAAUCCUUGGGCUACGUACUGAUGUAUUUCAACCGAGGUUCGCUACCGUGGCAGGGUCUUAAAGCUGCGACGAAGAAGCAAAAGUAUGAGAAAAUCAGCGAAAAGAAAAUGUCUACGCCCGUUGAAGUUCUAUGCAAGGGGUUCCCUGCAGAGUUUGCGAUGUACUUGAACUAUGCUAGGGGCUUACGCUUCGAGGAGAGUCCGGACUACAUGUACCUUCGCCAGCUGUUCCGUAUCCUCUUCCGUACCCUGAAUCAUCAAUACGACUACACGUUCGACUGGACGAUGCUUAAGCAAAAGGUGACGACCGUUAAUGUUGCCAACAUCACGUCUGGCGGAGCUCCGGGUCAGGGUGGCCAGGCAUCACAGGGUCAAGGACAAGGACAGGGUCAACCUUCAGCUCAGACCAACGCUCAAUCAGGAGCACGUUAAAGUCUAAUCUCCUUCAUGAUAGCACCAAACCCGAAAGCGAACGCUAACGUGUCGAACAGAGACAUAAUCCUGAUACUAACACCGAGCGAAGGGUCAAGUCAAGCGACUCUCUAAGUCCAGAGCAAAAGAGGAAGCAAUUAUAGUUGUUGCCAGUGAUAUUUGGCUGUGUACAACCGCAACCCCAACGACGUCUGGAUUCUCAAUAUAAUAUUUCUAUUCGCGGGAACAUAGAGAGAGACACUGACAGAGAGAAAAGAGGAAGAAAGGGGCGAAGGAGUGCGAGUGUGAGUGUCAGAAAGAGGGAGGGGAAAGAAAUGGAAAAAAAUAAAAAACUGAGAAAAGUUCAUGUGCUGUUCCCAAUAAUUAGAGUUUCGGUUGAUAACGCCUCUUCGAGUUGAAGUAUCCGAGCAAGAUCGGCCAGAGGUUGGGCGCCCUUUCAUUUUGUUUUCUUAUCUAUUCAAUUCCUCGUUGAUUAUCGUUAAGCCAACAAGAUGAUAAGGAGAAGCUGAGAUGAUGAAAUAAAAGGUUUUGAUUAUUCUCAAAAACCUUUUUUAAUUUUUAAAGUGUGUUGCAUUUCGUCAAAAUCCAAUGUGCCGGCGAACAAAAGUGUGAUCCUUGUCGUGAGAUGUUGAUUCAUGCUUUUUUUCAUAAAGAGAAAAAGAAAGAAAGAGAAAAUAAAGAGAGACGUUACGUAAUACAAAUUGUAAAUGCAGAGUCUUUGUUUUCCAUGUCGAUAUAUUAUUAUUUGGAGUGGGUGUGUGUACGUUCAAUUGUCUAAUUCAAUCCGUAACGCCAUGCUUUUGCAAUGAUUUUUCCCUCAUUUUCGUUUUAGGAAUGUGACUAUCUAUAUAUUAUAUAUGCGAGGAACUAUGCUGAAAUGUUAUGGAAUAACAUACUGUGUUGUUAAUGAGUAACUAAUGCCAGAUGUAUUAUAGGCGGAUAUAAACAUAGAAUUUCACGGUCUGUUGCCUUGGCCUUCCUGAACAAGUACGAAUGACUGCGGCGGCGGCGACGACGACGACGAUGAUAAUGAUAACGAUAAUGAUAACGUAUCGGGUCCAGUAGAAAACUUACAAACGCUACUGCUAUUUUGCAUUGGAAGAGAAUUUUUAUGGAUUUUCUAGAUACUAAAAUUCCUUUGAUAGUGCUUCUAAAACAUGUGAGUUUAUCCUAUUUGUAUUGGGGGUUAAUCUCUCUUUUUUUCUUGACUUAACAAACGUGAUGUGAAUAAUAAGUGUCGAGACUUGCGGUGACUACGCUCCUUGGAAAAAUAGGAUUAUGAAUUUUUUAAUUCUCGCGAGACCUUCUCAAGAGGACUCUGUAGAUGUUAAUUGUAACAUGGAAUCGGCCAAAUUUAUGACGACUGCUCCAAUUUAUUUGAUUCGACAACUGUUAUAAUUUCUUUAUUUCUAUUUUUUAAAUACUCUACUCGCUCGGUCCCAUGCGUUUAUUAUUUGCCCACGCAAGACUACAGUACUCGUGCCACGUUUUAUGUGCAAAUUUUUAGUGUCUUGAGAAUUGCUGAGUGAAAGGGAUAAUUCGCGUCUCAGGAACUUGCUGCGUAAAUCUACAUAUGACAGUCCAAAAUAAGUGGCUGAGCGUUUUAAUUGAACAAUGCUGAUUAAUUGAGUCGCAUAUUGGACAAUUGAUAAUGCGUGAACGCGCAGAACUGUACGUUUUAGGUAGAUAGGUAGCUAGCUAUGAAAAGUGGGACGCGUUCUCCGCUGAUAUAAUGUUUUACCUUCUUUUCAUUCGUAACGUCCAUUCGAAUGAAUCGCACCAGGCGAUAUGUAAUCAGCGUCCAGCUUUUAAAGCGCCUAGCACUGAUUAAUAAUUAGAGCUACUACUAACCUCUUGCUCCAUGACUUAUUACCCACCCACCCACCUUCCUAUACUCAUCGUCACCCUGAUAAACUCACCUAUCAAACAUUCUUGAAAAAUCCUGGUAACGCGUGCUCACUGUGUAAAAGAUAUUUAGCAGCAAGCGACUGACCAGUUCUACUUUAACGAAUAAAAUAAAGAAAAGUUAGAAAAUGAGAAGAAAAAAAACGAGAAACUGUUCUACUUACGUUAGGACAAAACCCACUGAACUUUUUAGGUAACAUAAUCACUGUGACGGAAAUGUGUGAUUGAAAGUGAAAGAUUUUUAAAAUUGGGGGAAGAAAAAAUGACAAAAAUAGAGAAACAUUAUUAGUGAAACAAUACGGUGAGGAGAAACAAUUAUCACGAAUACAAGAAAGGUAAACCAUGCUCUUACGGGCGUUCGAUUAAUUAUUAAUUAAUUAAUAGUAACGGAUAAAUGAAUGAACGAAUGCGUGCGUGUGUCUGUGCAAUGAGAACGUAUGUGUAUGAAUAUAAGUUAAUUAAUAACUAAUGAUACAUGCACAUGCUACCAUCUGGCAUAAUUAUAUUAUCAUUAAAAAAAAAAAGAUAUGACAGUAACUAAGAUAUGCGUUAUUUCAUAAUACUGAGAAAUACAUCAAAGGUUUAUUGCUCCCUUUGUCUCUAUAAAUAAAAACUCAAACAUUGUACUAUA